AUGAGUGGAACUAAUGUCUGGCUGAACCUGAAUGCAAUUGAUGAUCUUAAUGUAAUACCGUGUUUGCUUGCCUCUACAAAUCGUAUUCAUCCCAUCUGCAUUCUGACAAGACAGAAUCAGGAGCGAGCUCCAGGAUUGUUUGGUCACUACCGGAAAUGGGUAGAAAUAACAGUUGGUGUUGUAGGAAAACGUGGUUCAAUGCAUUCAUUGACACCUAGCAUCACUGUGAAAGGAACUGGAGAUAUAUUGUCACUCGAGGAGAAAUUUCAUGGUGGAACUGGCAUCAAUUUGACUCCACCACCCCUCUCUUUAAUAAGAUCUAUGAAUCUGAUUCGUCUAGUGAAACUACUUCUGAUGAGCGAUCUUGUAAAAAUCAAGAAAGACCCUUAUAAGGCUAUCAUGAAAAUGAUGAUCUUGAAUGUAAUGUGCUUAUUGGAAGGAUUUUCGCGUAUUGAUGCAUUCGUUAAGGUUGACAAUGGCGAGGCGUUAAUCAUCGAAGUAAAUACCGUUCCUGGGAUGACACCUUUCACUGUUCUAAUUCAUCAGGCACUGGAAGAGAAACCUCCAUGUAUCCUCAACUGUUCUGUCGUACACUGCUUGAGUUGGCCUCAGAGAGUAAAUGGAAAUUUUGGGUUUUAUGGCUUUAGUUGUGUCUUGCUGAUAAUGGCAUUGUUGGCACCAGAAGAGCCAUUUUUUUUUGAGGUUGUGAGAUUUCUAGGCCUCACAACUAAUUGCUUGGUCAUAGAAAUGGGACACGGAUGGUAUGUGUGGCGCCCUUGGGUACCCCACACCAAGUGUAGGGGUCUAGGCCAGUCUUCCACCCACAUGGUCGGCAAGCUCGCCAUAAGCACACACAUGGGAUACAACGAAAAUUAUGAUAUCGUUAUUAGAGCAUGUUUGGUAGUACCAGCCACACACAGAGCUUAUGGCAAUCCUAUGGAGCCUAUGAAAAUGGUCGGUUCGCUAGGUCCAUGA